AUGGACACACAAACGUCGAAUACUCCUUCUCCUCUUCCUGUAUUAUCCACAUUGCCAGCCGUCAUUCCACCCACUUCUCGCUUGAACUUUAUCCGCACUUGGUGGCAAAGAUCCGAUCAAACAGCCGCCAUUGCUGAAACUCGACUCUUACACCACGCAUUGCAACCCACAGAAAUCUUUAAAGGAUCCGUCAUUGGAAAGCUUGUGCAGGUGCCCUUAGACAACAGUGACAAGAACCAGCGUAUCGUCAACACGCUCUAUCUACGGAGGAACCCUGAUGGUUCAAGCAGCUCUUUUGAUUUGGAUACAGAAAAUACCACCGUCGAUACUAUCAAGGAGGAUCUCAAAGCAUCUAAAGAUAAGAACUUGGUGAUAUGCCAUGGCUAUGGUGCAGGUCUUGGCUUCUUUUAUAGAAACUUUUAUGCAUUGGGUCAAAUGCCUGGAUGGCGUGUAUUUGCUAUAGAUUGGAUUGGUAUGGGUAGAAGCUCAAGACCCAAGUGGACAAUCACAAAAAAGGGCAGCGAGUCAUGGGACCAAAUCAUUGAUGAGGUUGAGAAUCACUUUAUUGACUCCUUGGAGGAUUGGCGAAAGAAGAUCGGUUUGGAGAAAAUGACAUUGGCUGGCCAUUCUCUUGGUGGUUACUUUGCAACAUGCUAUUCAAGGAAAUAUCCUGAGCGUGUGGAAAAGCUCUACUUGAUAUCACCUGCUGGUGUACCAGAGGCCCCUCCAGAAGUGACUAGACCUAAGGAUGAUAAGCCAAAGGAUGUCAUUGACAAAGAAGCUUCCGAUUUGAAUGCCAGUAUGCAAACAGAUGCCGAAGAGGCUAUGGCCAAUGAACCGCAACCUCCGUCACCACCUCGUAGACGAAUUCCAGGAUGGGCCAAAUAUCUAUGGAAUAUGAAUGUCACGCCUAUGAGUAUUGUUCGGUUAACAGGUCCUUAUGGUGCUAGUCUCGUCAAUCGAUAUACCUCUCGUCGUUUUGCUCAUUUAGACACCCACGAACAACAUGCGUUAUACGAUUACUUGUAUCAUAUUACAUCUUCUGCCGGAUCAGGCGAGUUUGCAUUAUCAGCCAUUUUAGCUCCUGGUGCCUAUGCCCGACGACCUUUAUUCCAUCGACUUGCUGAUCUCAAGAUGCCAACUGUGUUUAUUUAUGGCGAAGAUGAUUGGAUGGAUUACAAGGCUGCUGAAAAAGCAAAGGCUCAUAUGCAAGUACCAGUAAAGGUGAUCCGCAUCCCUUAUGGAGGUCAUCACAUGUACCUUGAUAACCCGGAUGAAUUCAACAAUGUGAUGCUUGAGGAAUUGACUGCUGCUGAUGGAACCAAGUCAUAG